UCUGAUUUUUGUUUACUGUUUAAUUUUUCCUCAUGUUUUUUUUUUCUUCUGUUUCUGCUCAAUUUCUCUGUUGUGAGUGCUUUAAUUCGAGUGUUUAGAAUCUUGUUCUUCAAUUUCUCUGUUGUUUUGCUCGGUAAUUGAUGGAUAUUUGGGAACUGUCCCUUUGUUUGUGGACGAUGACGAGACCGCGAUGAUAUCUUCGAUCCAGCUUCGUUUUGGUGAGGAUUUGAGUUAGGAGUUUCAGAUUUUUGGUUGCUGAAGAAGUUACCUAUUGCAAUCCUUCGUUUGUGUUUAGAAAGUGGAUUCUGCGAACUUGAAGAGUUCAUCCUUCCAUAAACACCAGCUUCAACAUGGAUCCAAAUGCAAAAAUUGACCCGACUGUGCAACUGGUGAAAUCGGUUUCUGAUAGACAUCUUGAUCUUUUGAGGCCAACUGCCCGAAUUUGUUCAAUCUUCAAAGGGCAAGGAAAAGAUGCUUCAGACCAUAUAAGGAGCAAGUACACACUUCUCAGAGAUGUAGAGGAUUCUCAAGUAGGGCUGUACGACAAGCCUCUUCCGUGUUUUGGCUGUGGCAUAGGAUGGUUUUCCUUCCUCCUUGGGUUUUUGUUCCCAGUAAUGUGGUACUAUGCUACGAUUCUGUACUUCUGGAAUUCUCGUCGAGAUCCAAGGGAACGAGCUGGAUUAGCUGCGUCCUCCAUUGCUGCACUUGCAUGUUCGGUCAUCUUGUUAGUCGUCGUAGCUGUUCACUUAUUAUAGCCCCCCGGUCUCCAUGAUUGACACUGCAUUCUUAAAUCCCUGUCCCCAUGGGCGUUGGGGGCUUCUGUGGAUGCAGCAGAUAAAGACUAAACAGUUCUGUUGCUUGACAAAGACAAGGGUGAUUUCUGUUACUGUAAAUGUUUACAAAUCAUAUUUCAAAAGAGAAUUGUCGGCUUUUGUAAUACUACACUAAGAAUACGUAAUACAUGGCCUUUGAGUCCCUAAGAUUUUAAAGCUA